AUGUCCUCUAUUUCAUCCGCUUUCUUUAUUCAGUUUUCCCCCUUUCCCCCUUGUUGGCUUGCGCGUUGCUGUUUAUUUGUGUGUGUGUUUCUUAGCCGUAUGGCAGAGGGCAGUGACAGCGCACUGCUUGAAGGUGUAUCGUUUCCUGUCGAACCCUUUGCCGAAAAGCACAGGAAAAUUCUGGCCCUUCUUGCCCACGCAGCCACGCAGGCAGUCAACACUCGGUCCAAUGAAGUCGUGUUCGAUGUACUCUGUUCUUCUGAGCCCUCGCUUGCCCGUUUGUAUCCCGAAGUGGCUGUACUGCAGGGCGUACAUCAGAUAAGGCGGGUUCUGAGGAACCUGCAAGAUAGCCAGCCGCACGUGCGGCCCAUGUAUUUGAAGAUGAUUGUUGAUUCGUUGAAGGAUAUGAACGAGAUGCUUCCCGAUCCACUGUUGCUUGUUAUAGCACGUACUGUGGAGAUACUGGAGGGAGAGGGGCGUGGCUUCCGAGAAUUGGAACCGCAUCUACUUGACCUGGUGGAAUACAUUCAAGUAGUUAUACUUCGUGAGACAAAGUUACUGCAAUGUCGUGGGACGCUCAUAACUUUACGGCUGCGGGGCGUCCCACCCUUUGUAGCGUCUGAAACUGAAUCUACCACUUGA